CCCCUCCGAAGCUGCCCCAAAGCCGGACGUGGCUCCAACGGACUUUCCCCAGCCGGCGCCGAGUUCUAAUCCUGCUGGCUCUGAGCUUCGUCCUCACCAUCGCGGUGAUGGUCUUCGGAGUCAAAGGACAUUUUUACAACAUGGAGUUGAAGGAGACGCAGGAGAGCCUGAAGAGCCUCAAUGAAACAGUCGGGACGCAGUUUGCCAAGCUUCUGAGGAAGGAGGACGACGCGGAGAGAGAACUGAAGGAGACGGAAGUGAAAGUGAAGCAGUUGACGGAGGAGUCCAACAGAG